AAAUGCAUUCAAUAAAUUAUGAUCUUUUAUAUAAACACAAAUACAGACAUUGGCAAUAAGAAUACAGUUCACAAAGAAGUAAGCACAUGUUGAUACAAGGACCGACACACAAGAAUUCCCUUUCUUGGAAUACAUUUUGACUGUUUGUUUUGUUCUCACUUUAGAUUUGAUGAAAGUGAAGGAAGAAAACGACCUGAAUGACUUUGACGAGAAGCACCAUUACUAUCAGAAUUCCUCUGAUUUCAGUCCAGCAGAAAAAACGUUUAGUUGCUCACAGAGCGACGAGCAUUUGAGCCAAGACAAGACUAAACGAAAGCAAGCCAAACGUUCAUUAACCUGCCCUGACUGUGGAAAGAGUUUCAGACAGAAAUACUUCCUGACGCUGCACGUAAGAGUCCACACCGGAGAGAAGCCGUUCACGUGUGUGGAGUGUGGAAGGAGUUUCCCACGUAAAGACAGGCUUAAAACACACAUGAGAAUCCACACCGGAGAGAAGCCCUUCAAGUGUCCUCAGUGCGGGAAGAGAUUCAGAGAGAAGAAAAACCUUCAGAUUCACAUAAGAGUUCACACCGGAGAGAACCCCUUCACCUGCCUUCAGUGCGGAAAGAGUUUCAAACAAAAAUCAAACCUGAACACUCAUAUGUGGAAACACACUGGAGAAACGCCUUUCACGUGUCAUCACUGCGGAAAGAGCUUCACAUGCAAGGGGAACCUUAAAAUUCACAUGCAAAUUCACACCAGAGAGAAGCCGUUCAAAAAAAAGAGCUCACGUGUGCUCCGAGUGCGGCAAAGCCUUCACUAGAGCCUUGCUAAAAUGCACCAAAGCAUCUGAAAAUGCAUCUGAAAAAAAUGCAUCUGAAAAUGCACCAAAGCAUCUGAAAAUGCAUCUGAAAAAUGCAUCUGAAAAUGCACCAAAGCAUCUGAAAAAUGCAUCUGAAAAUGCAUCUGAAAAUGCACCAAAGCAUCUGAAAAUGCAUCUGAAAAAGAAAAACCCUACAAGUGCUCAUUGUGCGUAAAGAGCUUUGCAGAGUCUGGAAACCUGAAAAAACAAGCGGGUUCACACGGGAUAAAAGACGUAUCACUGCGCUUCAUGCAGGAGGAGAUUCUGUUCAUUAAGAAAUCUACAGACUCGCUCACUGGCCAAAGAAAUGCACAACAUGUAAAUGGUACAAAAGGCAAAGAUAGAAUUGUUUGCAAAAGACAGAUUGAGUGGCAAUAACAAAGUAAACAGAGUAUUGGUUCAUAAACACAUAGGGUAUAAUGUUAAGACAAAAAAGAGGGUCUAAAUGUAAAAUGUAUGUAUUUGU